AUGACCAUCAAACACCUUGCGUUGGAAGAGAGCAAACGCGUUCCUCUUUUACGGAGUGACCACGAGAAACUAGAAGAUCGCAGCUCCGCCACACUCCAGCCCUCCAACACCAAAGAUGACUGUUCCGUGCUCUUCAUCGGAACCGCCACUACAAUCAUUGAUUGGAAGGGCUUCCGCAUCCUGACUGAUCCGAAUUUCCUACACGCCGGCGACCACGUCCAUCUCGGCCCCGGCGUCACCGCGACGCGCCGCACCGAGCCGGCGACUCAGCUCGACAAGCUGCCCGCUUUCGACUGCAUCCUCCUCUCGCACUACCACGAGGACCAUUUCGACCGGCAUGUCGAAAAGUCGCUGAACCGCGCGUUUCCGAUUGUGACGACGCCGCACGCGCAGCAGCAUCUCGCCGCAAAGGAGCAGCAGGAUGAACCAUUUGAGCAGGUUACCGGCCUGGACGCCUUUGAGAGCGCCAUGCUACGCAUAGACGAGCAGCGGGGUGUCAAAGUCACCGGUAUGCCGGGAAAGCACGUGCCGCCGGGCAUUAUAUCCGCCGCAAACGACUUUUUGCAGGCCGUGCCGCCGACGAAUGGCUGGCUGCUGGAGCUUGGGCACUUAGGCGGCGCCGGGGAUAGCGACGAGCUGCAAGUCGGUUACAGAAUCUACAUUUCGGGGGACACGCUGCUGGUGGAUGACCUCGAAAGGAUUCCGGCGUGGCUCGAGGAUAAGCAGCUUGAUCUGAUGCUCGUGCACCUCGGCGGGACCACGAUUCCGGGCCCAGCGCUGCCGUUGCUCAUGGUCACCAUGGAUGGGGAACAGGGACGGCGCUUGAUGCAGCUGAUGGACCCCAAGACUACUAUACCGAUUCACUAUGACGACUACGACGUCUUUCUUUCUCCUCUUGCCGAGUUUAAAAGGGAAGUGGACGAAGCGGGUUUGCAGGACCGCGUAGUGUACCUGGGCCGUGGGGAGAGAUAUAGCUUCUCCUUGAGACAGUAG